CCCUUCUCAUUUUCUCAAUUGCUUUUGCAUUCCAGCUGGAGCUUCCUUUUCUGUUUAUCACUGCCACUCAAACUUAGUUUUCUUUCAUUUACGCCCAAGAAACUAGCCAAAGAGAGAAGAAAAUGGCAUCCGCUGGGAACAAAGUUACAGCAAUGGUGUCCAUGAUGCUGCUUCUUCUAAGCAUAACAUGCCAAGCAAAACUUUCUUCUACAUUUUAUGCAAAAACUUGUCCAAAUGCACUAAGCACUAUACGGACUACCAUUAGAUCUGCAAUCGCUGCAGAGCGCAGAAUGGCAGCUUCUCUUAUUCGCCUUCAUUUCCAUGAUUGCUUUGUUCAGGGAUGUGAUGCCUCAGUCUUACUAGAUGACGCUCCCUCUAUCGAUAGCGAGCAGAAUGCAAUACAGAAUAAAGGCUCUGCUAGAGGUUUUGGAGUCAUAGACAAAGCUAAAGCUGCGGUAGAGAAGAUAUGUCCUAGAGUUGUGUCUUGUGCAGAUAUACUUGCAGUGGCAGCAAGAGAUGCCUCUGAAUACGUAGGCGGUCCAUCAUGGACAGUGAAGCUUGGGAGAAGAGAUUCUACAACUGCAAGUCGAACCCUAGCUCAGAGUGAACUUCCCCUUACCAUAGACAACGUUGGUAAGCUCAUAUCUCGCUUUGGAAGCAAAGGGCUAAGUGCCAGAGACAUGGUCGCUUUGUCAGGUUCACAUACCAUAGGACAAGCUCAGUGCGUCACAUUUAGGAGCAGGAUAUACGAUGGGAGCAACAUCGAUGCUGGAUUUGCCAGCACUCGUCGUCGCCGUUGUCCAGCCAAUACCAAUCAAGGCAAUGCUAACUUGGCUCCACUUGAUCUAGUGACACCUAAUUCCUUCGACAACAACUACUUCAAGAAUCUAAUCCAGAAGAAGGGCCUUCUCGAGUCUGAUCAGGUCCUUUUCAGUGGUGGAUCUACAGAUAGUUUAGUCUCUAAAUACAGUAAGAACCAAGCAAGUUUCAAGUCCGAUUUCGCAGCUGCCAUGAUCAAGAUGGGAGAUAUUGAUCCUCUGACCGGUUCAAAGGGGAUCAUAAGGAGGGUGUGCAGUGCGGUCAACUAGGCUUUGGCAUCCUUCAUAUUUAGAUUUCUGAAAGUUAAAUUCCCCUCUCGCAAUUGUAGAUGUUUGUCUAAUUAAUUGUUUUUCGUGUCAAGCAUUUGAAUAAUUCAUUUCCUUUAAGUGUGAAAAGGAAUCAUUUCUAAUGCUGUUUUCCAAUCUUCAUGUAUGAAAAAUUCAUUUUGA